ACCUCUUCACGUGCCGUCGCGAGUGCUCCUCCUCGACGUCGUUUGCCGCCGCGUACGGAUUCAGCUCGAGUGCUUCUGUGUCGGAAGUUGCUUUGCGAGUGGUCGCGCGCUGCGCUGCGGGCAGAUGAGCCCGUUGUGCUCGAGGGCCAGUUGACUGUUGCGUGUCGAUGACCGAAGGGCUAGCGAGUGCGACACUGAUGGAGUCGGCGUUCGCCACGCGAGCUUUGUUGGAGGGAUAAAGCAAGGAAAUCAAAGCGGGCUGGACAAUGUGCAUAACUAUUCUGACCUACCUCAUUGUCGGCGGCGUACACGUGGAUGGUGUUCCAUUCGAGCAGGUCAGAGGUGAGGACAUCUGCGAAUCCGUGGGAAGCUCGUUUUGCAACGGCUCCGAAUGCCUGGCAAAAGAGGUCCCCAUAAGAGGAGGCGUAAAGAGCACCUUUACCUGUAAAUGCGACAGGCGAAAGUAUUUCAACGCCGCCGCUCUACGGUGCUUUCAUGUAUCGUCUUGCUUGGUACACACGUGCGAGCGUUCAACAUGUGUCGACGAUGACGGUUCCAGCGAAGCUUGGUGCGAAUAUGAAAACGGCACUCACAUUCAAGCAGACCCGACGCUUGCGAAAGAUUGCACUGACAGCGGCGGUCAGCUAGAACAAAGCAAUAGUGAGACCAGCUUCAAUUGCAUAUGCCCUCACGGAGCACAACUUGUGAAUGGAUCUUGUCACCCGAACAGAAACUGCACCCAGGAGGAAGUUAAUAAGUGCGCAGAAAGAGGGCGUCAAUGCGUUCUUCUAGAUGCGGAAGCUCUGUGCACGUGCCCAGAAAACGCAGUCGAGCUUGCAGACCGGUGCUCUGAAAAAUGCUCACCCGAAAAAGACCGCGAAUGCAGCACACCGCUCAGUCGGUGCACGGUGCAGAGUGGAAAGGAGACGUGCGUGUGCCUUCCUCUACUCCAAUGGAACUCUAGUCUCGGUCACUGCGUACCAGAGGCGGCAUUCAAACUCACUGUAAACUUCAAAGUGCAGCCAGAAGUAUCCCAACACAGUGAAACGCAGGAACAUUGCAACGACACAACAUGGGAGGAAAAUGUCUUCGACGCUAUGAAGAUUUUGUACGGAAACUCGCUAACGAAAAUUGCAGUGCUGGAAUGCGGGACGAGUGUGACCAUGGAGCUGACGUUUUCGGAAAAGCCGAAUCCAGCAGUGCUUCUAAGGAUUCACCUUUGUGAAAUAAGAAGCGGAAGCACCGGAUGUAUUUUCCAGCCUAAAUUACGUAUCGUAAAAGGAAGCGUUUCAGAUCCAGUUCCUGUUGACCUAUGUGCCACAUACUUCCGAGACGUCCACAACAUCACGGGUGGUUCCUUCUACUGCACUGACGAAGGAAACGGACGCUAUACGCUUCGCUGUGCCGGUGGAAACGUCACGAACAGAAUUGUCCGGGGCGAACUCGAAAUUCAGCAGUGCCAAGGCACGCAAGUUUCUCAAGAAGGUGCAGCUGCAGCAUCGAAUUACAAAACUGCCAUUGUUUGUAGUUCGGUAUUCAUUGCUGUCUUCACAGUAUUGUUCAUCGUGCUCGUCUUCAGGAAGCGCAUUUAUUACUACAGAGUUCUCCCGGAAGAUACGGAAUGUAGUGCUGUGAAGUUUCAAGCAGCACAGCGAGACUCGCAACAGACAUCGGAGGACCAAGAGGCCACCGCUAACCUUGUAACGCCAAAGGGCAGCGCAAAUAGUGUGGCAAAGCAAGGUGCAGAGAAUGAAGACGUCGCAGCGACUACAUGACGCCAGUCCAGCGGGAUGAGACUUUCUUCACUGUGAGGGUUAGAACGUUUGGCUGUGAUAUUGAAAGCUGCAGCUGCCAUCGUUGUGAAUUCAUCAUCGCGACCUGUAAUUUGCGCUGCUCUAGUGAAUUGCUCAGUGGUUGAUUUAUACUGCCGGAGGAAAAUGGUGAUGGUGUGACUGGGUGCAAAAAAAAAAUGAUCGACACUGUCUUUAAAUUCUGCGCUGAAGUGCCCACGGACAAACCCAAAACGAGCAUAAUUUUAUUUUUAUACCCUUAAAUAUGUGUUCCAAUAUGCCAGCUAAAAUUCACGAUCUUGUGGUCAUCUUCAAUUCUCCCUCUCCUCUGCUACGCAGGCGGUUUACUGUUGAGUGAAGGGUCUGUUUAUGUCUCCUUCGAGUGCACGUACAGGAACAUUUCGAUCGACACAGCGUUCCCACUAGAGCUGGGCGAGACUUCGCGAGAACGUUUUGAGAACAAUCCAAAGCGCUACAUUUCUUCCACUCGAAGACGCCAUCAGACGCCCUUCACGCACAAUCCUGGCUCAGUGUUUCUCUCCCUCACGACAUUUCAUUCAACGCGAGCACGCUAUAUCAUAGUCUGAAAGAAGUCUACGCAUUUCUGCGUGACGAGAGAGAGGGGGGAGAAGGGAGGCACACCGAGCUCGCUCUACUUGCGAGUAGGUCCGACAGUAUGCGACCAACCACAUGUACUCACUUCAGCAGUCAACCUCGUGGUCUCAGUCUGGCGCUUGGUGCACACCUAGGAAUGUCGCCUGCCCCAUCCGCACCAGACAACCCGCGUGAUGUCGUCAGUGGCAGCUCUCCUUUUUUGUCAGCCAUCACCUUGUGCCAUAGGUGCUUCACAAUAGCGCCCACACAACACGAAGAAUUACUUAUUCAGGCUUCCAUAUUAUUGCCUCAAUGGGUCACAUAUUAUAUAUAUUGAAUAUCUUUAUUUCCAAGAGAUUGUGGGGGAGACAAGGAAGAAAAGCGGCAAGUGCAGCUUGAACAUCGUGUGACGAUUGCCGUUUUCUAAAGAGUGCUUUCGUUUUUUCUGUGUCUUUAAACUGGUUCGUGUGCUUCUCGCGUGUUCUUUUUUUUCUCGUCUUUUCUCUCAUAGGGUGCGUGAUGUUUUUUGUCGUUGUCUUUCUUUUUUGGUUCCGCAAUGUGAAACCUAUUUUACAGGCCCUCUGAAAAGCACGGGCAUUAAGAUGCGCCUUUAUUGUGGCUUUGAUACUUUCAACUGACGUGAACUGUCAUCUUAACUGUGAUUCCGCACCUGUACACAUUGAAAAGACGAGCCUGCUGCAGUGGCACCGCCUGUUUUUUUCCCUGCGUGCGGCAUUCCCUUUUACUUCGUUUCAUACAUGGCAGGUAGUGCUGCGGAAGCUAUGUAGAUAAGGAGAUAAGACAGUAGCGGUAAAAAGAAUAUGUUGGGUUGGAAAGAGUAAACCACGUAAGUGGUGGAACAAGCAAAUCAAACAAGCUAUAGAAAAGUGAACGCAGGCGUCAAGAGGUCAUCGAGGAGCCAAAAAGUUAGGAUUACACAAAGAAGAGGUGCUCUUUAGAUGGAGCAGGUACAGGGAAAAGAAAAGAGUGUCGAGUGAUCUCUUGCAGCAGAUAAUGCACAAGUGAACGUUGGGUGCAUAACAUUCGCAAAGGAGACAAAGGCAUGCCAAAAAGAUUCUGGAGCCAUGUAAGAGCACUCGGAGCUCGAACUAAAAUUUCUCAAACAGCUAUAAGGAAGGAAGAUGGUAACAUUUUCGAAGGAGACGCUGCGAUACAGUACAUCUGAGACGUUAUUAGGGAUAACUUCGGCACCAAAGAAAGCGUAGUUCAGAUCCAAACAGAUCCAGCAGCAACUGAGAAGCCUGAGAUAUCAAAAUUUAGCACAUAAAUCGUUUACUUCGAAAAAAGGCAGAAGAAAAUGUCCCUAAUAACACCACCGCAGAACCCGAUGAAAUGCCUGUACAGCUAACAAAAGACCUCCGUCCAAAGAGCAAGGCACUGCUGACUAAUGCCAUUGAGCAAGUGAUUAAAACUAAGCAAAUUCCGGUUAGAUGGCGUGAAAGCAAGAUGAGAAGCAACAGGCUAGUUACAGCAACGUCGGUGAUGUAUAGAAUGACAAUGCAAGCCUUAAAAUUAGGACUGUCGAAGAGGGUGAAAAAAAUAUGAGCUGAAAAACAACAAUAGGUUCAGAUCAGGCAGAGUAAGAAACUUGUACUAACUCCGUGCAUAGAGAUUUAAAUAGCUCUGAAUAGACCUUUAUGAAUAGCAUUUGCAGAUAGUAAGGAAGCGUACGACAAUAUAGACCGGGGAUUAUUAUGGUAUGUUCUCAAGCACGAAGGCACAGAUGACGUUAUUGUGGAGCUGCUAAGGGAGAUAUACGCAGACAACCGAGUAAAAUUGUAUGGGAAGGCCAUAAAUGUAAUGAUGUGGUGGAAAUUCACCAAGAACUGAAGUAAGAUGUCCUCUGUCUCCACUGUUAUUCACGCUUUAUGUUAAGGACAUAGAAAGACGAGUAGAAAACUGUGAAUUUUGGUUUGAUUGAUCAUACAUGCGUAAUGGACAAGUGGUGCAAUAGGAGGUCCCUGGGCUGAUGCAUGCGGACAACACAGUGCUAUCAGCGAACAAUGCAAGACAUUUACAGAGAAUUGCGCAUAUGCGUUCAAAGCAGCGACAAACCUAGGCCUUAAGUUUAUCAUAGAGAAAUCGGAAUUAUGAUCUUUAUUGAGCAGAUGAUUAAUUUCAUGGUGUCAGCUCAACAGCUAGUCAUACCCAUAGUCAAGCUAUAUACAUACGUCGGCGUAUACAUAGACAAAAGAAAGAGUUACUCGAGCACCCACCAAGAUAACCUGAAAGUAAAAGGGAAGCGGAAUGCAGCAAUAAUGAAUCCUGGGGCACUUUUGGAGGCCACGAUAAGUACGAGGUGGAGCCUGGAAUCUGAUGCCAGUGCUGACGUUCGCAAAUUACAUUCUGUGCCUAAAAUCGGAUAUCUUGUCGGGGCUGGAAGUUAACCAAAGAUUUGUAGGCCGGUUGGCUUUGGGAGCCCACAGCAAAACCACAACGGAGUCAGGGCAAGGGGACAUGGGUUGGAGCUCGUUUGAAGACAGAGAAGCGCACAGCAAAAUUAGUUGUGAAGAAAGAGUCAGGAACACGGAUCACAAUAAAUCGUCGGCUAAGUUACACAAUUACCUGUACCUGAAAAGCGUGGACACAGAGUGGAGGAAGAAGUCAAGAACGUUGGCAACCAAGUACAGGGUAAUUGAAAGUGUAAAUAGGCAACCAGGAGUCAUCAGAAAGAAAGCGAGAGAAAUAGACAUGGUGAAUCGUUUGCAAAUAAUGGAAACAAGAAAGACCAUGGAGAUUUACACGAAUGAGAAGAAAUAAGUUACAAAAUUACAAGACCACGUAACUAAUUUAUUUCAUUCAUAUGUAACUCAGUAAUCAUUGGCAGCAGUUGCGCACAGUGAGAGAAGUAUCCCUAGCCUUCGCAGUCUCGCCGGCGAUGGACAAAAGGGAGUAUAUAAUAUCAUAAAGAACCGACAAGCCCGUCUUAUCACACUGGUUGUCUAAUUCAUGAUAGCUAUAGAGGAAGCUAGUCAGUUGAGGUAGUUGUUCCCGUUUUCCCAAAAGAUACCUUCAAGAGAGGAUGCCACAGGCAUUGUUUAGUCAUGUUGUCUAAAAAUGAAACAUUCCAGCUAGUCACUGUUUUGGCACGACGCACGAGUGACAUCUACCCUGUCCUUGUCAACGCUGGACGAACGCUAGAUUUUUUUUUUCGUGUCAGCUCUAUACUGCAAAAUGUUCCACUGAUAUAGACAUUCUUGUAAAAUCUCUUCAAUUUCAUCAAAAAUAUUUCUUAUACACCGGAAAUAUCGAUUCAGAAGUUAUUGAGAAUGGCAUACAUGAGCACUUCGUAAGCGAAAUGUUCUUUUUUUUUCCUUACCGUAUGGUAUUCUUCCCCGUCGAAUAAAAAAAAACAUUCCAUAUGGGCGAAGCAAGCAGGCGAUUGAUUUCAAAAAGCAAAAGUUAUAAUGGGCCGUCAUAUUCAGUAAUCGCGAUUUUCUUCACAUGUGUAAUUUUUUGCGUUCCGCAUUUUUGGGUGAGAAAUAAAUAUUAUUAUUAUUAUUAUUAUUAUUAUUAUUAUUAUUAUUAUUAUUAUUAUUAUUAUUAUUAUUAUUAUUAUUAUUAUUAUUAUUUAGUCAGUAUGCCGACGAUACGGUAUUAUUAACAAAGCGUAUAAAUUAUGAAAAGGCUGUGGGCGCCCUGCAAAAUACAAUACAUAAUGUAGUGCACUCGUUUGCGAAAAACUGUACUAAUGUUACUAUCAGGAAGACACAGUUAAUAUGUUUUAGAAAUCCCUUAAAGACCAUAGCAAUGAACAUUCCAGUAUUCUUGUAUGACCAGCACUGCGUUACAUGUACAUGUACCCCUGUUCAGUAUGUAGACUGUGAGAGAUACCUAGGUUUAUUUAUUGAUGGCAGCGUGUCCUGGCAGCAGCAUAUGGCCUAACAUUGUCGCAAACUUAGGAGUGUCACUUGGUUGCUUUUUAAUAUAAAUGGUUUCAAGCCGUUAUCGGUAAAGAAAACGAAAGUGCAUGUCCCCGUGUAUCACCGUAUUCGCUUUCUGCGCAUUGCGAUGGCAAACGCAAAUUGACAGUUUAUCAAAAAAUAUAUUGAAAAGUGUUGCCUAUGGCUAUGGCCAGGUGUCAGAUGACAAUUUAUUUUCAGCGUUAAGUUUUCCUUCAUUUCAGUCGUCAUUGAAGCAAACUGUAGUUCUUCAUUUUUGGAACGACCAAUUCAGAAAGAAAUAUGUAGCCCCUGGACUUUUGAGGGACAUCGAGCGUUUCAAUGUUCCUCGUUCAUCAACUAGGUAUGGUGAGGCACGACGAAGUGUCUAUGUGCCAAAAAAGUUUUAGUGAUCUACUUGAUGAAUUUUUCUCGGUUCAGUCAAAAAAUGUUUUAAAGAAAAUGUCAUCUGGCAUUCGAGUUUUCCGUUUUGUGUGGGCAUGUGUUUACUUGAUUGUCUUGACCUUUCAUAUCCAUUUAAACAUGAAAAUAUGCUCACUACGUCGGCAUGUCAUUAAAUUUUGUUUUUGUUCUGUAUAAGCAUUAAAAAUGUUCUCUACGUCGGAAUAACAUGCAUUUAAUUUUUGUUUUUGUUCUAUAUAAGCGUGAAUGUAUGUUCGAGCUACAUUGGAAUAACAUGUGUCUGAUUUUCUUUUUGUUUGCACAAUGUUUUGCCGGCACUAAGGUUACGCCUGUAUGUACAUUCGCUGACCUCAUUGCUGUUGCCGGUGCUGCCGGGCCUAGUCACACAAGCCAUUGAUGCAUCGACAGGCCUGCCUACUAUGUAUUUGUUCUUGUGGUCCAUAAAUAAAAAAUUAUUAUUAUUAUUA